AUGGCGACCACAAAUGGCACAUCUGCCACGACAGUAGAAGAUCCCACAGGCGAGUAUACCUUUCUUGACCAGAUAAUACGACGUCUCGAUAGACACCUCAUAUUUCCUCUACUUGACCACGAAUCUCACAAUGAGGAUCUUUCACCAGAACGCCAGGCCGACCUACGACUUGCGACUUUCAAUCUUCUGAAGAAUACCAAUAUGGUUGACUACGUUAGCCAGUUAUACAAGGACAUCAACGACACAGACUCUGCGCCAGCUGAAUUCGAGAAAAAGAAGCAGGAGGUCAUCACACGCUUGACCACUUACGAGGAUGAGACGGCUCAUCUAUCCAACCUUCUGAGCGACGAAAGCAUAACUUCCCAAUUAAGAAGCGAUAAAGUGGCCAAUUUAAAAUUUCUCGAAGAGUCGCACGGUGUUACACAGCCUAUGGUCGAUGCCUUGUACGACUUUGGCAGAUACAAGUAUGAGUGUGGUUUAUAUCCCGAUGCCGCAGAUAUACUUUACAGAUUCCGUGUCCUGUCUACCGAUAACGACAAAGUCGCAAAAGCCAACUGGGGAAAGUUGGUCUGCGAGAUCCUCAGCGAGGAAUGGGAAACUGCCAUGGAGGAAGUCGACAGAGUCAAGGAACACAUCGAGACACGUCUCUUUAACAAUCCACGAGCACAGCUGACCGCAAGAGAAGCGCUGGUUCACUAUGCUCUCUUCCCUUUCUUCAACCACGAGCCAGCUCGUGACAAGUUGACCGAAAUGUACUUCUCUCAAAACUUCAUCUCCACCAUACAGACAUCUUGCCCUUGGAUACUGAGAUAUCUAGCCGCCGCCGUCAUCACGAACCGAUCUCGACUCAACAACUCCCACAAUUACCAGAGACAGCUGAAAGAUCUUGCAAGAGUUGUCAAGCAAGAAGUUUACGAAUACGAGGAUCCUGUCACGGAGUUUGUCAAGGCCCUCUAUGUUGAUUUUGACUUCGAAGUCGCUCAGAAGAAAUUGUCCGAAGCCCAAGCAGUAAUGCAAAAUGACUUCUUUCUGGGAAGUUCAACCGAUGCCUUCGUCGAGUCUGCAAGACAUCUUAUCUCCGAACUUUACUGUCGCAUCCACCAGAGAAUUGAUAUCAAUGAUCUUUCGACACGACUCGGUCUUAGUGAGUCCGAAGGCGAGAAGUGGAUCGUCAAUCUCAUCCGUGACACAAGAGUGGACGCCAAAAUUGACUACAAGGCUGGAACCGUUGUCAUGAAUCAUCCUUCUCAAAGUGUUUACCAGACUGUGAUAGAGAAGACCAAAGGUGCUUUCUUCCGAACGCAAGUUCUAAGUGCUGCUGUAGCCAAGUGA